CGCAGUUGGCAAUGUCGUGGCAACUGGCCUCAACGUAGACAUUUCGUUGAUCCGGGUAUAAUUUGCUUAGACUCGUACUCGCAGCUAGUUUGCAGUUUGCACUGCAGCUGCGCUCUGCACCAAUGGCUCGGCUCUUGAGAGACCGUGCACCGGCGGCGUUCGCGUGGCCCCCGGAAGAUCCAUCCGUUCCUAGUCUACCACAACCACGUCCACCGCCGUCGCCACCGUCAGAGAAUGAUCAGCCACCUUCUCAAGGCGGGGUCGUCGCUGGCCUCGUCAUCGGCUUCCUUGCCCUGUUACUCCUCGGCGCCGUGGUUUACAGCCUCUGCAAGGGGCGCCGCCAAAGUCGCGCUCUCGCUCACGCUCAAGCAAGGGCCGCUGCCUGGGCCGCCGCUCGGCUGCGGCAACAGGCGGAGCCUCGUACGCGCGAGGACGACCAGCGGCGGCAGCAUCUCCGGAGGGCCAGCGGCCCCGGCCUGACGACGGCCCGCCUGCCGGCGUUCUCGUACAACCAGUCGCUGAAGCAAAACGUGGCUGGCACCGGGGAGGAUGCGGCGACGUGCUCGGUGUGCCUCGGCGCGUUCCAGAACGGCGAGUCGGUGCGGCUGCUGCCGGCGUGCCUGCACCUCUUCCACAUCGAGUGCAUCGAUCCGUGGCUGGACGCCCACUCGACGUGCCCGAUCUGCCGCUCCGACACUGACCCGACGGUGGACGUCGCGGCCCGGCUAUCGACUGUUUAGGCCUUUUCCCCACGGCGAGGUACUUGGAUACAUAAGUCAUGGCCGUAUAUCACUACUGUAAAGAUUCGUUGUCGGAGUGUAAAUUGCAUCCAUAUGUUUUGUC